AUUUUCCAUAAUCUUAUAAAACAGUUAAAAGGAGACAAGGCAUUAAAAAAAAAAAGGAGCAAAAAUGCGUACAUCACCAUCAUCAUUACCAUUAUCACUUACCAACCCACAUACCAAACCUAAAUUCCAAAACAAUUGUCUCUCUUUACUUCCUUUUUCAACCAUCCUUCUCACCUUUUCCAUCCUUUGCCACCAUUCUCUUGCUUCUCCCCUCCCUCUCAUGUCUCCUUUCUCAAGUUUCUCCCUUCUUUCUUUCUUUCUCACACAAUCACAGGAGUGCACAUAUCUUUCAAAAUAUAUUUAUAUAUUCAUAUAUACAUGGCAAAGGGAUCCAAAAUCUUCUUCUUUUCUACAUGAUCAUUGAUGCUUCUCUAGUUUAUGAUAUCCCUUGCUUUUCUUUGUCCCAACAACAGCAGAAAAGGAUUGAAGAAUUGAGUUGAAGAGGAACCAGGAAGUUAUAGGGGCCUUACAGAAAUGGAUGGAUGGGAAACUUUCACUAAAACAUUCCUCCUAUUCUGCCUCUUACUCUGUCCAGGUCCAAGUGAUACAAGGAAGGUUAAUAUUUCGACUGACCAAAAGGACAUUACCACCCCAAUAACAACGGUACCGACAAUAAUUCCAACAACUCCUACUUCAUCCAGUCCAGUUUUGAAUCCUAAUUCGAAUCCAGAUCCGACAUCACCGGUGACCAUGACUCCGAUGUCUGUUCCGACGACAAUGACAACUCCGGUGUCUUCAGGGGGCAGCUGGUGUGUGGCUAGCCAAAGUGCAUCCCAAACUGCAUUACAAGUAGCUCUAGACUAUGCAUGUGGGUAUGGUGGAGCUGACUGUGCAGCAAUUCAGCCAGGAGGAGGGUGUUAUUAUCCGAACACUCUUGGUGCUCAUGCUUCUUAUGCAUUUAACAGUUAUUACCAGAAGAAUCCAGUUCCCAGUAGCUGUAAUUUUGGAGGAAUUGCUGUCACUACCAACACUGAUCCAAGUAGUGAGACAUGUCAGUAUCAAUCCACAAGCACAAGUUCUUCCACCUUAAACACUACAAAUUCGAAGGGCUCAAAUGUAUUUGGUGCUGUGCCUUCACACCCAUAUCCGUCAACAGCCUCCGUCACCAAAUUAAAUCUCGGGCAGCCUUUUUUCAUCACCAUGGCAUGCCUUAUUUUACUACUGGCCAGAUACUAUAAAUAGAAUAUAUGGACAUAUGAAGAUUACUUCAUAAUCCCUUUUUUUUUUCCUUUUAUCAUAUCUUGGUUGUCACAAGGUUUUUAAUUUUUAAUGAAAAUUAACUAGGGUGAACUAACAGUUUGUGGCGAACUGUUAAUUGGCUGGAGGGCACAUGAAUCUGGGGAGAUUAGUUUUGAGGCCGUGGUUGUAUUUUUUGGUGUGUAGGUUUAGUGAGUGAUGAAUAUUAAAUAGAUAACAUGUAGAAAAGAAAAAGAAAGAAAGUAAAGAAAGGACCUAUUCUGUUUUUCAGUUUUUUAAGAGUUUUUGCCUUUGUGCUAAAAAUGA